AUGCUAGUCCACCUCUCGAUGCCGACGGUGUUGGUCGCCGAUCAGCUGAUCACCUCACAUCAGUUUCUCUCGGUCUCGAUUUGCUUCUUCCAACGUCGACUGCACGUCCAAUUUGCACCUUACAGUGGGUCGUUGACCACGUGCGUGUUUCUACCUUGCGUUGACGCGCAAGGCUAGCGGUGGAUUUUUCUCCGUCUCAAUACGCGGCUAAUAAUAGAGCUGGUUUUUAUUGUGCCUCGUCGAUCGAACGAAGCGUGACAUUGAGUUGGGCCGAACGAGCUGGAACGCGAGUUUUGCAUAAUACUAGAUCAGGCGCGGUGCGGAUGCCAGUUGGCGCAGUUGGACCGUUCGUCAGCUCUGGCGAACAAGGGGAUACAAAUAAACCGGCAGUGUUCUGGCCGAAACAAUCCCGAAAUAACGUGCCCGGAAAAUGUGAACGGAAGUGCGGGGAACUGGGUCAAGAGUUGAAAAACGUACGGAUGGAAACCGCGGCCUGUUGACGACCAUUCGACUGUCCUCAAUUACCAUCUUGGGUAUUAAAAUGCCGGCUAAGGAUCACCGGGUCAGUGUCGCGUCCGAUACGUCAAAGCUGCUGUGCGGUUCGAUUAUACGCUGACGAUCAAAGCUUACCGCCCCUCGAACGUCGAUAUUAUUCAUCGAAGCGACGGGAAUUACUCUAGUGCUUGUGGUGUAUGUGAAUCGUUAUAUACAACGUUGUCUUUCUGUCGUGUACAGAUGAAUAAAAAAAAAACAAACUACGUAUUUACAAAUAAGUCAACGCUGUAUUCCGCCUUGGAGAAGCAUAAAUUCGACCGAUUGUUUACUUUCUAUAUCCGCACAUUUAUUGUGCUCAAAAUCGGUGAUAUUGAUAUUCUUUGCCGCAAUUGCGUUGCGUGGAUUAAGUUUGUUAGUAUAUUUAAAACCCAACCACCAGGGACCAUUCGCUUGGACAUCAAAUGAAUGAUUUCAAUGAAUUAACAUUGAUUCAGAACGAUUUCUAUUGAUUUCUACGUUAUUCUGUGAUUUUCAUUGAUUUCCAACGUAAUACCUGAUUUCCUAGCAUUUUGGACGGUUUUUUAGUGAUUUCUGGAUUUGGUAGAAUCGCAAGAAAUCGCAAUAAAUUGGUGGAAACCAAUGGAAAUCACUUUAGAAGAUAUAGAGGUCAACAGAAUGUUGAUGAAUAAAAACCGUUUGGUGUCCAUCGCAAGACAGAAUGAUUUCCAACACUCGCUGUGCAAUUUAUUCCACGCUAUCACGUGGUUUUUGAAAAUCGGCAAUAAUUUGAGUUACCUCAUUUGAUUUCUCGUUGUUUCGAAGAUCAUUGCGAAGAAACGGAGAUAUCGAUUUAAACAACUUCAGAAAAUUCUGAAUUACUCUUUAACUACUAUAUUUCAAGGCAAAUUCGUUAUCUUUACCAUAAUGAAAUUUAGAGUAAGGGAAAAAAAUUCCUAAAACAACAAAAUACCGGAAAAUGGAAUGCUCUACUCAAAAAAUCAUAACUCACUGAAUUUUCAAUACUUUGAACUGAAAAUUGACGGACUAACUCUCAAGACAUGGAUAUUUAAUAAAAAAAUAUGAAUAUACUGCACGAUGAACAAAAGGUACUCAUUUGAGGGAUUGAACUUGAAUUUCUUGAAGAAGAAUCAUCAUGUAACUUGGAUCAAAUCAGAUUAUUUUGUACGUUUUUCAUAUGGAAUUCACGGUGAAGAUGUCGUGGAGUCGUUCUGACCCCUGUAUGCAACUUAAGGGUUAAAUUUAGUACUUCAACCAUAACUUGAGUCGCCGAACAAUCGUGGUUAAAAAACAUCCAAAAAAAUUGCCGAAAAAAUUUAUCUUGAUAGCUGCGAUAUUCGGUCGGUUUUUCCUCCUUCUCGCGAGGUUGAGCAAGAGCUGGUACAAAUCUUUACGAGUUCUAAAAUCAAAGUACAAGGCUACUCGCGUAUGAUAGGAAGCUUCUUUCUAUUCAUACACAUACUGAGCGUGGCCAACGGGACUGUGAUACUUUUCUUGCGCGAGAUUCGUCUUGAUUUCAAGCUAGCAUCUCACAUUUACCAACCGCGGGUGAAAAAGAGAAGAAACAAUCCGCUGCUUGUCUGCCUGCGGAACGACGGAGAUGAAGAACUCUUAGACGGUGGGCACCGGAAACCGCGAACCCGGUUUCGAAAUACUGCAGGACAGUAAAAAAGACACUCGACGUGACACCUUCAGCAUUGUCCUGUGUUCUUUGUGUACCCCGUGUUACAUGACGUUGGUGUUAAACGUGGGAGGAGGCUCGAAUCUACAGAAAUCAUUUCUACAGGGCAAAUGUUCCACAGAAUCGUCUCUACGGAAAUAUUUUUCCUUCAAAAUAUUUUCCUACAGAAAUGAAUUCGAAAUUAACGUCACAAAUAAACUUGCAUAACCUAUUCUGAUGGAGAAUUUUUCUACAGAAAUGUAUUAUAUGCGAGAUUCGCAUAAGAAAUAAUCUUGCACGAUUAUUCUAUUGAAUUAAAUUAAAUCAAAAUAUACGAAAUUUAUGAUUGAAUGUAUAAUUUUGACGAUUCGAUGAUUACUCUUAAUAUGAGUUGUGCCAAACACGAUCUGUAGAAAAAUAUUGUGUAGAAAAAUAUUCUGUGACAGAAUAUUCUGUAGAACAAUUCUGCUGUAGAAUAUUACAUGCAGGAUUAUUUAUGAUGUGAAUCCAGAAUUUCCUUCUGCAGAAAAAUACUCUGUAAAAAAAUAUUUCUACAGAGACAAGUCUGUAGAACUGAUUUCUGUAGAAUCGAACCGCAUUCUGAACUUGUGUUCGUUCCUCUCAGAAUCCCGCGGCAAUUCGUUUUAUUUCUCGCUCCAGUAACAACAGAGAUCGCCGAUUCCCCUUCCCUCUCCGAGUUUAGGGCAAAGUGAUACCAUCGGUCUCUGUAUCGUCAUUUUAUUCGGUACAUCUUUGGCCUCGUCGGGAUUCGUUCGAGUGUUAAGGGUACUCGUAGGCCGGUUCCAGACCUUCCUCUCAAAAGGGCAUCGCGUAUUUUUAGAAUAAUACGAUCGUAGAAAAUCACACCGCCAUAUUGCAUAUACCCUGUGGAAAAAUACUUGUUACUUGUUACGUAGUUAUUAAAAACGUGUUGUGAAAUUGUUAUCGUAGCAAUAACGCUUUAAAUAUUAUUACAACUGAAAAAAGAUGUGAUUAUACGAGCAAUUAUUAUUCUGGUCAUUGCAAAAAUCAAUCUGUUUCUUCAGUCGGCAACCUUUUUUUUCAGUCAAGUCAAUCCUGAGCAUCAUUUUAUUUCUCCACCAAUACACGGUUACAAAAAAUAUAGCAAAAGUGUCCCCAAUGGAAAAAAAUAGUAACACGUAUUAGAUUUUCUGGCUUGAACUACGAAAUUCAUUUUCAUUUUUGUACCCAGAACUGUAAUGGUGAAACAUAAAAAUCUUAGAGGACCGUAUGUUAACUAUAACUAUAAAUUUCCCUCGGUGCAGAGAUAAUCAGAGUCUAUAACAAAUUGGUUGAAAAAAAAAAUAAAAAAGAAUAACUGGCAGAAAUAUUUUUCCACGUUGGGUCGACGUGUAUAAAGAGUCGUUCGUUGGAUUGACAUUUAACCCAGUACAAACUAUAAGCCGUAUAAUUUGUGUGUCAAGCGCUUAAAGAGUUGCAUUCUUAUCUGUUGACUAGCGGCAUCGUUAUUUAGUUUUGUUAAACAUUUAAAAUUAUGUACACCCCACUCUUAACGUAAUAGUUCCGCCUCUCUGUAAAUAGCACCGGAUUACCAAAGGGGAGAAAAUAACAACGUGCUCACUUACACUUUAUAUAUAUAUAUAUCUGCUUGGAGUAGCGUUGCGGAUCGCUGAUAGCAGAAUCCGAUCGUUGUUGCGACCUCGUAUCAACCACGGCAAUUAUUUACGGACGACAGACUAAGAAGGUCAGCCCUACGUCUUUUUUCCGUCUGCAUCAUGUGCUCUGAUUGACGGUAAAUUUUUUUGAGGCACAAAUGGUCAGGGCUAAAAAUGCAGAAUGAUCAGAGAUUAGAAGGGUUACAAUACUGAACUGUUGGAGAUGCGGAAAUAUACGUUUCCUAUCAUAGGAUUCCGAAAUUUACGGAAUUGCAACAUAGAAAAGUCAAUAUGUAGAAAUCAAAGUGUAGAAUCGUGGAUAUGAAACAUGACGAAGGAUUGGAAAAUAGGAGAGACACGCAAUGAUAUUUUCAAAAAUGCCGAAACGUAUUUUUGUCGAAUUUUCAUGUGUAGAAUGUCGAAAUGUAGAAAAGUCUCAGUAUAGAAAACUAAGUCUUAUUAUUCACUUUUGAUAAUUCUAUACUUUGGUUUUUUAUGCUUCGACUUUCUAAAUUUUGACUUUUCUUUUGCCGAUUUUCUGCAUUUUGAACUUCCGUCGAUCAGAUUUUUACGUUUUCGAAAAUUCUAUGUUCCGACUCUCUCACUUUCUAAUUCUCCGACACUUUUAGUCCCCACAGAAAAAAAAAAUACGUUGAAACGGUCUUUAAUUAAACAACAUCUUGUAUGGUUUGAUUGUUUGUUCUUUACAUCGAGAUAUUGCCGGCGUGUUUUGUAUUGCUACGGGUGUAAAAAUUCCCUCGGAACCGUUAACCGAUCGCGGGGAUUUAUUCGUCGGGCUAAAAGUGAAACUUGCACAGUGUUUUUUGGUCCACAUCGUCUUGCGCCCAAAAAUAAAUCCGCCGCCACAGCAGCCUUGCGUCUCUUGGUUAUUCCUUCUGUCGUAAUAUCUAGAUGUAUAUGCUUGCUUAUUAUAUUAUACCGCGAUAUUACUAUCCGUCCAUGAUGUCAUCGGGGCUUACAAAUAAUUCACCUUACGUUACUGCUGCGAAGCUUUGCAUUUCGCUUAUAGUCGUUAUAUAUAUAUAUAGGACCGACUGGUAAACGAUCGGACGAAAAUUUAUCGCUCCUCGCGAUUCAGUCGUCGAGUAUACUUACAACUCGCUGAUCACGUUCUUCCGGAGUUGUUAAAAACGCGUCGUUACACGUUGUUAAUGUUUACUCUUGUGUGCAGAAUGAAAGUAACAAGAUGAAACAGCGACCGGCUCAGCUGGGCACAAUAAAUCGUGGCGUCGCGACGCCGUCGGUCAAAAUUUGGCCAAUUCAAGUUUCUAAUGAAAUUAUCAUCAACGCUACGUGGAAGGCUGAUCCGUCCCAUAACGCUCUGUGGCAUUGCCGUAUAAUAAUCUAUAAAUAAAACUUUCCGGCGAGGAUUUUACGGUGGCAAGUAGUUUGGAUCUGUCGUCAGCUAAGCGCUGUAAACUUUGUCCUGUAGUGAUUAUUAUUCGCCUUGGAAAAACAAUUAUAAAUUAAUCAGUAUCUUUGUGGCAAACGGGAUGAUUCGAGUCAUUUCGCCGACCAAACUGUGAGACUUUAGUUGGUGGAAGUGAAAGUUUCGACGAAUAUAUAAUAGAAAGAACAAGAAAAAAAAAAAAAAAAUGCCACAGUACGACGAUUCCUUCCUAGACUCCCCCUUCUUCAGGAGGCGAGCCAAAAGCUACAGUGUUCAAAAACGGGGCAUUACGAGUCCUAAGGUUUCGCAUUUGUCGGCUACGCCGACUUUGCUCGCUGUUACCAACGCUGGAAUUCUUCUUGUGCCAUCUGUAUCGGCCAUCGACUUAACUUCUAUAAAAGAAGUCGAGGAAAGGCACAGCGGGAAGGCUCGGGGCGGUAAAUUGGCGCGACGAGCGCGGUCCUUCAAGGAGGACUUCCUGGAGAAAUUGUCCCACAUGCGUUCCCCCGGUGGAAGUAGCGGCAGCGGGGGUGGGGCUCCAGGAGGCGGCAGCAGGACCGGGACUCGCGCCGCCUCGCCCUCGUCCCCCAGGACGUCCCGGGACAAAAACACCGGCGGAGAUCCUUUGGAGAAGAACCCGCUCCACGAUCUGCACAGCCAUGUCCGACAAGUUCAGCUAGCGCUGUUGCACUUCCGAGACGUCGUGUCGAAGAACAAGCUCGAGAUGCUUCCAGGGAACGGCACGAUCGUCCUGGAAACUGUCACCACGAUACACACUGUUUUGAAAUCCUAUCUGCUCUACGAGAACAGUUCGACCUUGGGAUCGGCUACGAAUCAAGUUUACCAAGCAUUGGCACAACUGUUGAAGCUCUGCGACGACGUCUUGCUUCAUGGUGACCAGUCUUCGGCUUUGGACAGCGACAAUGUAACCCAUGUGAUCAGCUUGGUCGAGGAAGCCGUCAAGAAUCUGGUCAGUCUGGCGCAGGAGAAGAUAUUCAACAGGCAGAAGCCUGCGCCGAUAACGACGAAUAACAGGUACAGAACUUCUGGAUUUGGAGCGGAACUCAUGCCACAACGAAACUCCUUACCCGACAUUCCACUCACUCCGAGAGAAAGACAGAUUCUGGAACAGACUGCAACCGCCAACACUUUGGUUCGAAGCUCGCACAGUUCCGAAUCCAUACUCAGGGACUCUAGUCCGCCGCCUAAACCACCGUUGCCGGAUAGGACCAACGUAUCCGCUUCCGAAGAAAACAGCUCCGCUGGACCACCGCCGCCGCUUCCGCCGAAGAGGAGAACUCGAGCCCAGCAGCUACUCGAUGAGUCGGAAACAAUCCUUGCGUCUAGUCUGGACAGGGUUUCCCUGCGGAGUCGGUCGCCAGAGGACUCCUCGUCGCUCCUGAGCGCUUCGGCUGGAAGUCUGGAUUCCGCCUUGAAUCACUCACGGGAUGAAGAUGAAAUCCGCGCCAUCAUGGGUCCCAAUGAUGAGUCUCUUAAUGACAGUAUGGAUCUCAGCCUGAUGGCUACAAUUCAAGGCAUGCAGGUGAACGGCAACACCAGCUGUGGAUGCUGGGAAAAUUCGGAACCAAAUCUUCCUAGCACAAUGCUGCUUGGUCAGCAAACUCCACAAGAUAUUCUUCACCCUUUUACUGGUAUAGAGGGCAAAAUGGAACGACUAUCAACGCAGACUCAAGAGUCUGGUUUUGCAUCAAUGCACUCGCAGCGUAGUUCGUCUCAAAGUUACACGACUGCAUCCAGCAUGACUUCGAAAAGGUCUUCACAGCAAAGUAGCAUAAGUUUUAAUUCACAAUCAUUCAGUUCUCAACAACAAUCGUUUUCCCAACAAAAAAUAUCUGCGGAUAGUAACGGAUCGGUUUUCUCUCAAAGGACAAUCACAAGCUCAAGAAGCACCCAUUGCACCACAAACAUCAGCGGCAAUGGGGAUGCAGCCUUGCUUGAAAAACUGGUAAAUGAACUUGACGGCGCUAGCAGACCGGAUAUGAACGGUAUACCACCAGCCCUUCCAGAAAAGAGGUUGAGGCGUCGUAAGGAACGGCAGCCUUCGCAGUACGAUAAUGUACCUGAGAAUGAACAUUUGUCAACAUGCAGUUUGCACACGACCAACAGCGAUAGUCCAGACACAAACAAACCACCGCCAUUGCCCCUGAAGAAACGGCACAUGUUCCAAUCAGUGGCAUAUUCCGUUAUGGCUUACAUGGAGAUGUUCGGGAACUGCGCUCACAGCAACAAUGACUUCAUAUCUGGAUUGGGAACGCGGCAUUCGGUAGCCGCUUACAAUUCCAUGCAAGCCGAAUGGCAGCAGCAUGAAAUGUCGCUAACCACAACGCAGUCUUGUUCUUUCGUCGCGCAUUCGACUACCAGCACUCACGACGCCACGAGUAUUUCGGUAACCGUACCGCCGCUAAUAGAGGAUGUUAUGAAUAAUUAUAGUCUACCACCAGCCUUACCGCCAAAAAGGUCCCGGUCCAUCAAAUCGAACAACGUUACUCCUCCUCCAGUGUCGCCAAAGCCAGUUGUCAGUAUGCAAAAUAGCUUCUCUUCUGACGCAGCUACUGUACCAAUGAAAUCUGCCGAGCUAGUCGUGCCCAGUGCAAAGAAAGAAUCAAGUCCUUCGUCUCCAAGUGCAGCAACACUGGUCAAUAACGUGCCACCGGAAAUCACAUUGCCGGCUUCUCGGCCAGCUAGCAAUGCUCUAUCAACAAUUUCUGUUGAUGAGAAUACCCUAGAACUAUUGGAUGUAGAUCAAGACGAAAGUAUUUUGGAAGAGUUGGACAUCGGCAAGUAUUUGGUAUUGAAAAAACCAGAGGAAGACGGGCCUGACAUACGUGGUGGGCAUCCCGACGCUCUGAUCAUACAUGCCACUAAAGCCAACAAAAAUGAUGAAAAGGAAUCAGAUUUGUCAAAAUACUCCACUUUGUGUGCAGAUUUCCUGUACCAGGAAGCAUUCUUAACUACAUACAGGACAUUUUUGUCGCCGCUGGAGUUGAUCCAGAAGUUGCAUAGAAGACAUCAACGAUUUUCCUGUUUUCCGGAUGUGUUAAAGCAGCGAGCAGCUAAAGAGGCGUUCUCUCUGCUGGUCAGAGUUGUUAGCGACUUGACGAUAUCAGAUCUAGAUGACGUGCUCCUUCAAACGCUGAUGGAGUUCGUUCAGCAACUAGUAUGCAGCGGGGAUCUAACAAUGGCCAAAGCUCUGAGAGUAAAAAUAUUGGAAAAACACAUGAGGAAGCAGCUGCAAGCUACUCAGCCGAUACUAUCGUCCCUGAGUGUUUCAACAAGACAAUCCUCCCUACUGGAUUUCAAAAGCGAACAGAUCGCUGAGCAGAUGACCCUCCUCGAUGCAGAACUUUUCAUCAACAUCGAGAUACCAGAAGUGCUGAUUUGGGCGCAGGAGCAAAACGAGGAGAGAAGUCCGAACCUGACGAGGUUCACGGAGCACUUCAACAAAAUGUCAUACUGGGCGAGAUCCCGGAUAUUGGAGCAGAACGAGCCGAAGGAUAGAGAGAAAUACGUUGUCAAGUUUAUAAAGAUAAUGAAACACCUCAGAAAAAUCAACAAUUUUAAUAGCUACCUCGCGCUUUUGUCAGCACUGGAUAGCGCACCAAUCAGGAGACUCGAAUGGCAAAAGCACAUUACCGAAGGCCUUAAGGAAUAUUGCGCUCUAAUUGACAGUUCCAGCAGCUUUCGAGCCUACAGACAAGCUUUAGCUGAGACUCAACCACCAUGCAUUCCUUACAUAGGGCUUGUUCUGCAAGACUUGACAUUUGUGCAUAUUGGAAACAGCGACUUGUUACCUGACGGUACGAUUAAUUUCUCCAAACGGUGGCAGCAAUUUAACAUUGUAGAGAAUAUGAAGAGGUUCAAGAAAGGGAUGUAUACCUUUAAGAAGCAAGAACGUAUAAUAGCGUUCUUCAACAACUUCGAUGACUUCCUCUGUGAGGACUCUAUGUGGCAGAUCUCUGAGAGCAUCAAGCCCCGGGGGGGUAAGAAGACUCAUUCGCAAAACUAGAGCUUGUCUAACCCUUUCACAGCGUGCGUCUCUCAUCAUUAGACGAAAAGUACUAGCUUAGGAUAUUUAUAAUAUUUAUUUAGGUACUCGGAUAUACUGACUUAAAAAUUAUUCCUAUACCGUGAAAGGGUUGGCUUGAGCAUGUUAUAAGAGAUCUAUUCCAUUUGUACAGCCUCCGUGAGGCUGGUCUUUAAUUUAUAGGAUAAAUAUAAGUUUAAGUAUAUACAAUAUAUACAAUUGUCUACAUUUUCUUCAUCAUAGGAUAUAUGUUGAGCUGAGUGUAUAAAUUGAAGGACGAUGAAUUUUGCUGUGUUAUUACAGAUUCGAGCGUUUAACUGAGAUUCCGGAAUUUCUCAAAGCAACUAGCUACAAAGCUAGGUAUUAAAUUAUAGAAUCGUUUUCUUCUCGAUAUGAACUCACAAUCUAUAGCAUUACUUAAAUUUCAUUACUGUUGUGACUUGGAGAUAAAGUUUAGAAUCGCAAUAUAGGUGAAUCGCACGUACAUAAUUUUGAUCAACAUAUUUCAACGAAUAAAUAGAUUCCAAGUUUUUUUCCCAAAGUUUUUCCACGCAUGUUCUGUCUGGUGGUGAAUUGGCGGAUUACUGUUCUUCGAGUUUAUCAGAAAAUGAAGUGUUGGCGACUCAUCCAGUCCGUGUAUACAGCUUCAGCAUGAAUGCAUACGUACUCUUAAACACAGCUUUAGUAAUGCUUAGCGUGUAUAGUGCUGAUUGAAAACCCCAGAAAUUACUCUAUAUAUAUAUGUAUACAUAUAAUUAUGUUCUAUUAUUUAUUUAUUUUUGGAUCGUCGUAGGUGUGUAAAACAAUAAGAUUUUUUUAUUACGCAAUAUCGUGUAAAAAUCAAACGACGAAUACAUCAGAGAUGAUGAAAUUUGCUAAAACAUUUUUCUAAUGUACGACACAACGAACGUAUGGUAAAAAUAAAUUGAUAAUACUCUGAUGUGUUUGUCGGUGAUAUGUAAUUUUAAUAGAUGUAUGUAAACGUCCAUUGUCUAGCUAUAUACAUAUACGUAGAUAGGAAAGUUUCAAUAAUCAACACCAGGAUGUUGAUUACACAAGGAAGAACACCAAUGACGUUGAUUAAUGUAGAGCCAUCGUAGUCUCGCUCUUCUGCAUCAAAUUGUGCAGAGAUGAUGACGCAUGGCACGACUGAGAGCAACUGUUACAUAUACUAUUGUAUAUGAUUAUAGGUAACGGUUUAGUUUGUUAUUAUUGAUUUUCUUCAUUUAAAAAAAAAAAAAAAAAAAAAAACUAUGAUAAUUCAAGCUUUCAGCUUUAAGUGAAAUCGCUAUGUAUAGGAAUUUAGGCGAAUCAAGUGUUACGUAAACCUCACUGUUAUGACAAACAUUGAUAUGCAUGAGGAUUUCUAUUCGGUUUUAUCAAGGUCACAAUUCUCACUUUUGUUGUAACAUGUUUGGUUUUUGUCGUGUUCACUCACUGUUCCGAACUUAAAAGUCAUUAAGACACAACCAUACCCAUAUAUACACUCACAGAAGUCAUUUUCGCAGGAUGAUUCCUCAGUUAUUAGAAUUUAGUUUUAGGUGAAAUUAUACCUUCGGCUUUUAUUUUCUUUAGUGUGAAAUAAUAUUUGAUUUACAACAAACUCUGAAAAUCAAUGGAAAGCCGAAAUCAAUUUAUAAGUUGUCUUACAGCGGUCAUUUUGAUUUAGCGCCCAAGUACGAAUCCCCCUGAUGAGAUGUCAACCUAAAGUAGUCGGAUGUUAUUUCGCGCUAAACAAUUUUAUCGCAGGAAUAAUAUUUAUAUCAAAUAUACGAUGAAUAUAUUUUCAUUUCCAAGAAUUCACCCUAUGAAUAUAACGUGUAAUGGUAUACGUGUAGUAGAAAAAGAAACGGGUACGGUUGGCCCUGAAACUUUGGAUUAUCGAACCACUCAUAAAUCUGAAAAAAAUAUAGGAAACUCUUCAUAACAUAACAAAAAUUUUCAGAUUUGGCUGGAAGUGGUAUCUUUAUUGACUUGGGAGUCUUUAAUUAUUUACUACCCAGUUAAAACUCAAUUUACUACUAUAGAUGUUUUGAGACACUUUUAUAAUAUGAGUACAAAAUUGAAAAAAAUUCUAGGAAACAUUGCAGAUUCUGAGUCCCUGCCAAAAGUGGAUUCUUCAUUUCAAAAAAUCGUUGAUAUUAUUUUUUUUUUUUUUUUUGACAUUCUCUUUUUCUCAAAGAGUCCCAAAAAUUCGAAGUUAACGGCUUUUAAUUGCGGAAUAUCGAGAGAUAUCGAGAAACAAAGAAAUGCGCGUAAUUGUCUUUCGGAGUACUAUUACGUACUGUAGUUACAACAAAAUUGAAAAAGGUCAUCAUCCGAUGCUCUAACAAUAAGUGAAACCACAUGCAAUUCCCCAUAUAUAUUAUAUAUAAUGGAAACGCAUACAAGUCUUUUAUGCCGGAUUUUCCGAUCGUAAUGGAACAUUCUCAUCGAUAUAGUCGUACCAAAAACUUGGCAAUAUACAGUACUUUUAGGGGUUCAAUCAUUUCCUCUGACUUAUAUGUACCUAGAUUCGAACCUGAUCAAUUAGUAUCCCAUUGAUUCUGAAGGUAAAAGCAUUAAAGAUUUCACCUCACGACGCGCAUUUCGUAGAUACUUGUAGUUACGGUGUGCCAAACGAUAACACUUUUGAUUACGCACUGUGUAUCUUGUCGUAAAAUUAUACCUACAAAUAUUCUUCACGGAUCUAAUCCGCAUAAAAUGAAAGCACGAUUAUAAUUUCUUUCAUUAAAAUCACGAGCAGCUUCAAGACUGUAGGGUUGUGUUUAAGGUGUUAGCCGCUUGAGAUAGAAUAACUGAUCUAACUACAAGUAUAUUAUACCGUAAUAUCUAUAAAUAUAUGUACGAUAUAAAGAGUAAACCAGUGUGAAUCGUUAGCACAGCAUACAUAAUGUUAUCCAGCUUAGAUGUUACAAAGAUGUUCUGAAUUUCAAUAAGCGAUUUCCCCCGUUCUCCCCCUUAGACCAUGUAAUGCACUCGAUGUUCGAGGUUUUGCGUCAAUUUAUUGUCCGUUGCUGCACGUGUGGACUUUUGCAAAAUAUUAUUAUAAUAACUGAUCAAUAUGGAGAAAAUGAUAAGAAUCAUAGAUCCAGCCGAAACGUGAGUUACGUUAUGAAUGUAUAUAUAUUAUAUAUAUAUAUAUAUAUAUAUAUAUAUACUAAAUGAAUUGAUAUAGCUUGUAUGAUGAGUGUUGUAAAUAAUUUCACUGUAUAUCUCUAAUCAUAUUAUUUUAAUCUGUAUAACGAAUAAUCUGUAAGUUGUAAAUGUAUAAAUUAAUUAAUUUGCUGUCGGUGAACUAUUAUUAUUAUUAUUAUUAUUAUUAUCAUCAUCAUCAUUAUAAUUAUUAUUAUUGUAAUUAACUGUUGACGCAUAACAUCGAGAAGAGAUUUUUAGCCUUUAUAAGUUUGAUGCAAUUUUUGUGAUGCCAUAUUAAAUUGUAGGAAUAAUAUAAUUUAGUUGUAAAACCAAGGCUCUUUAUAUUAUUUUUAUUUAAUGAAAAUUAUUAAAACAUGACAAAACUUUUGCUUUAUGCGUAUCUACUUUCAGUUUGUCGCCCUCUUUCACGAUUCGUUUAUUUUCUGUAAAUCGAUCAUGUUAUUCUUUUCAGUUUAGUUGAUGAGAUUCCUGUGCGUAUACUUAUCAUUGGAUGAUCAACUUGUGUAUGUACAUAAAUUCGUGAAGUGAAUGUGUAUGAUUGGAAACUUGAGUAUUUCACGCAACAUUUAACUUGAAAGGCCUACAACUUUGGUACGUUUUAAAUAUAUAUUAUGUACGUACUCUUAACUCUUAUACAUUAUAGGUAGAUAGAUAUAAUAACUUCAAGAGGCACUUUUUACCGAUUCAUUACUAUUAUUACUACAUAAUGAUGGUGAAUGAUGAUGUUGAUAGGCUAAAAGCAAUUUGAAACACUUAUUGUUCAAUAUUGACCGUUUGAUUUUGCAAAACUCAAUUUGAAACAAUUAUUGUUUAAUAUUGACAGUUUGAUUUUGCAAAACUCGUCGUCGGUGCCUGAUGUUUACCAGAAUUGUUUACGUUCUGGAAACAAGUUGAUGAUUACGAAUCUGUAUACGUUUCUUAUAACUAGCGAAGCUAAAUUUCGUCUCGAUCGUUCAAAUUAAUAUUCUAGCUAACCAAAAUUCUAAUUGAACUACAAAUUUCAAAGUAAAUCAGAUUCGUUAAGCAACCAGAUACUUGUCAUUGAAAAUAUGAUUUUUCUCUGGUUAAUAAUUCAACAUAGGACCUCCGGUCUUUAUUUAUAAUGAUUAGAUUGUUGAUGUUGAAUUAAGUCAGUCUAAAUGUUUAAACAAGCAUAAAAGCAUAAAAGUGAGAUUAAAAAAUUGAAUGUGCAACGAAAAUUGAACUUGGUCUUAUUACACCAGUUGGGAAAAAAUUUUAGAAAACAUUAAGAUACUCUAAUAAUCUUACCAUUACUGUUUCAUUAUUCUGUAGCAGUUUGAAUAAUAGUUUCGUCUUUAUACGUGACUAUUAAUUCAAUGUUGUCCCGUUUCUGUAUUGGAUAUGGAUAUGAUAUUGAGCAUGAAAUCUUCUGCAACCUCUACGUGCUUUUGCUGCAGCUUGAUGUUGUAGAUAUACUUAAACUAGUUAAUUCUACCCCGGAGUAAUUAUUAAAACAACAAAGUGUACGAAUUGCCUAAACUUAGCCGAAGCCGCGGCUUGCUAUUAAUUAUUGUAUUACGUAAUUAGGGAUACUGAUCGCAUUCGUCAAUGAAUUCAGGCUGUUCCCUUUUUCACAUUGUUUAUCAUUGUAACAAAUAGAGCUACAUAAUUAUUAAUCUGCAUAAUUAAAAUAAUCGUUGCAUUUACAAUUAGCAAGAAUAUUGUCACUGUAUUAUUAUCAUUAUUAUCGAUGUCUAACCAACAUUACUAAAAUCAUAUACACGCAUUUGUGUGGACAUUAUAGAUGCAUACAUACAUAUACGUGUAUAAAUAUGUAUCGACAUUAUUUAUAUUUUCCAACAAAGCAUUUCAUUAUAUCCAAUCAGCAAAUUCCUACCGUUGAAUUAUUUUUCGGAAAAUGUAAAUAGUUUUUGCGUAUGUAUGCAUGUAUAAAUACGAUAGAUUCGAUGGUAACUACUAAAAGUAAAGUAAGUAUGAAAAUGUUGAAUUAACUACGCAAGCACGAAAAUCUAUAGCAAUAAAUAUUUCGACACGAUGGGAAAAAGGAUUCGAUUUUACUUGGAUAUUAAGCAGCUGAAAUAUCAAUCACUUAAUAUAGAAGCACAUAUCCACUUUUUUUUACAGCAAAAAUAAUUCAUUCACCGAUGUGAGAAAUUUAAAGACUAUUGCUGGUGACGUGUACGUGAAUGAUUGAUUUAUGUAGCUUAUAAAACAAUUAUAGUAAUUGUAAUAUUUCCAUCAGGCCUAUCAACCCCGUUUUUGUCAAUCUUGGGAUUUAUUCUGUAUAAUAUCCAUUAUAUUGCGGACAACGAUCUGAAUCAUUCAUGAUAAAUCGUGUUAAAAUAUCGAAAUAUUGCACACAGUGCAGUAAAACUAACAUAUCCAAUUCUAUCCAUAUAGUGCUAAUGCCAUUGUAUUUAUACUCUGAAAUUAUAAUUUUACUGGUAGUAUUGAACAUCAAAUAUACAGAAUCUCUUUGUGUA